UAAGGGCGGAAGUGACUCUACGGCUUCCGGCCGAAACCGGGCAAAGUGGACUAUGAGUAGAAUAACCACUUCUGCUUGUUGGACUAUUGAGGAGAUCGACCUCAAGUUUACCUACUGCGCCUGUGCAUUCUUUUCCGUUUCCGUUUUCUUAAGCGGUCCGCCGCUUAAGCCCUAGCGGCUGGGUUACUGUAGGUUGCCGCUGGCGUAGGAGUCGCUGGCGUCCCACCUUGUUUGGAGAAGGGGUCAGGGUUGCGGACAGUCCUGAAGUGGAAGAGAGGGAAGUAAAAACUGACAGUGAGGAUUACUAUUUGGAUUAUUUCAAGAUGAGCUUCUUGUUGCCCAAGCUAACUAGCAAAAAAGAAGUAGACCAAGCAAUAAAAAGUACUGCAGAGAAGGUGUUGGUCCUCAGGUUUGGGAGAGAGGAGGAUCCUGUCUGUCUGCAGCUAGAUGAUAUACUUUCUAAGACCUCUUCUGGCCUGAGUAAAAUGGCUGCCAUUUAUCUGGUAGAUGUGGACCGAACUCCCGUUUACACGCACUAUUUUGACAUCAGUUAUAUUCCAUCUACUGUGUUUUUCUUCAAUGGGCAGCAUAUGAAAGUGGAUUACGGAAAUUCCCAGCAUUAACGGAGACAGCAGACCAGAACUGGGGAAAGGGCUACCCCAGCAAACCCCAGUCAGUGGGGACUGUGGACUAAAACUGGGGACAGGACUUCAAUGUGGAAUCGCAAGACUGAACCAAGAGAAAAAGACUUACACUCGGUUAGAGCCUCCGGUAAGUCUAGAUUGACCCCAUCUUGGAAAGCCAAAUAGAUCAGAAGCUUGAGACAAAGAGAGUGGAGCUCAAACAGAGAGAAACUCACAGCCCUUGGAGAAAGUGAGAAAGAGACUGAACUCCAAAGGGAGUUCGAAGGCUCCACAUCUGUUUUUUAGGGAAGACCCUAAAGCAUUGACACUCAAAGCAGGUGAAGCCUGAUGCAGCAAAGUGGAGGCUACUUUUGAGUAUGAGCAGUCCGCAGCCCCACGGCCUUCCCACCCCCCUCCCCAGCACCUCUAUGCGAUCCUGCCAGGCCCUGGGGGCAUCACCUCCCGGAAGCAGGCAAAGACCACGUGGGCCACAGCUGCAAAACGCCUUAGGAAAUACACCAAGGAAACUGCCUAGCAAAGCAUUUGGGAACAGUGUCCUCAGAGUGCCAGCCAGGUUCUGGAAAGAGUUGAGCCAUCCAUUCUGGUCCCAUGACAGAUCUCUCUAGAAGGAAUGGUGUUAAAACUCUGCUUUAAGCUGCAAGAAGUUAGGGAUUUGCAGAUUUAUGGCCCCAGGAAAUUGUAUGAAAUUUGUGUAUCCACACAGAGAAAUCACUGCAGCUGCCUGAGGCUGUGCCCCCCAGUGACUCUCCUCUCUCCUAGGGAAGCACUGGGCUCCUGCCACUGUUGUACAGUGUGUCCCACUGGAUUCUUGUCGGUUGUGUUUGUAUUUGUCUCUUCUGAGACAAGGGGAGAUGGUAAGAAAACUCCGUUGUCUUCAUCCCCAGCACGCAGCACAACCACUGGCAGGAAGCAGAAUCUCAAUAAAUGAUUGUUGGGAGAAUGAAUAAGUGAAAGAGCAAAUGAACGUGGGUCAACCUUAUUCUCUGUCUGUCUCUCCAUCUCUGUCUCUGUCUGUCUGUCUCUCAUGCAUGCAUACGUGUGUGUGUGUUUCAUUGGUUAUAUCAGAAUCUCAAAUAGAGUUGAAAUUCUGCCCUAAUCAGAAUGAUUUUUUGGGGUUCCCAGACUUGGAAUCCAUACUUUUUGCUCUGUUGAUGUAAGAAGAUGUGACUGUAUUCAUUAUACGACUAUAAAUUCAACAUCCAACAGAGUGGUCAAAGCUCAAAAGGCUGGCCAGCUUCUCAAAUAACCAAGGACCAAAAUGGCAACACCAAGGUUAUGUAUCUUCCCCAUGCCUGGAGGGGAAGGGGGCGUCUUGCUGACCCAGGAAACAUUCUGAUCCUCCAGGCACAGCUUUGUUCCUAGACCCAAGUCAACCCUAGCAAUUAACCGGGAUCAAGUGGUGCUAUCAGAUUGCCUUCACAUGCUGUGACUCCUUUUGUUUCCCGUGGGACACUUCCCAAAUGGAGUUUUCAACCCCCAGGAAACCUCUCCUGGGCUGGCAAGAAUGCCAAGUUGACAUGCUUACUGCAUUUCUUCUCCUAAAGGCCCUGCCCUUUGGAGCCUUGCCCCUGAGUUGCUGCUCAGGUUUGUGUUUCACAAGCCUGCUGCGUGCCAGUUCCAGGUCAUCCCUGCUCUGCUCCUGCACACACACCUCUCCCCUGACAUUCUCUUACACAUAACAAGCCACACUAAUGUCAUUUCUCACAUUUAUAACCACAAGGCUCUUACAGAAAAUUUCGCUGCCAAGAUUCAAUCAACACUAGAGGUUAGGUAACAUGAUAGUUUGAGCACAUUCUCACUGGGUGCUGGCACCAAUGAUCUACACCUGGAGGAAAGAGAAAUCUUGAAAUGUGUCUUAGCCAAGCAGAAAGUGGAUAACAUAUCUGACAGGCAAAUACAAGAUUACAGUAGGCCUUUAUCUGGCUUUAACGGGGAUUGAAUUUGACUACAUAUGAAAGAAAACCCCAGUUAACAGAGACUUAAGCACACAAGGUUUUAUUUUCUCAAAAGAAGUGGGAAAGUAAGCUGACAAAGCUGGUGUUGGUAGUUCAAAGAAGCUCUUUCCAGCUUUUGCCUCUAGAGUGACCCUGAUUCUCAGGUAUAAAAUGGCUGCCAAAGCUCCGGCCAUCAUACCCAUGUUCCAGGAAGCAGAAGACUUCCCAGAAGUUGCACACAAUACUUUCAUUUAUAUCUCUUUCAGUAGGAUGUGGUCACAUAUCCACACCCAGAGGCAAUGCAGCUCAAAGGCUAAAAGAAAUAUAACCUUUAUUUGGGGAAUAAACGUAGAAUGUAGACCUGUCUAUAAGACAACUGACCUGGAGUGCCUGGGUGGCUCAGUCGGUUAAGUGUCUGCCUUCGGCUCAGGUCAUGAUCCCAGAGU